AAGAAAACCAGCGAAGAAGAAACGAAAACGAACGUCGCUUGAAUUAUUUUCAGCACCAUGCCGAAAAGAAAAGUGACAUUUGAGGACGGUAACGGAGAGUUUGACCUGGAAGAUGACGUCCCAAACAAAAAGAGCUGUGAGGCUGUCAGUGGACCCGGCUCCAGGUUCAAGGGUAAACAUUCCCUUGACAGCGAUGAAGAGGAUGAGGGGGAGGACACAGGCAGCAGCAAAUACGAUAUUCUAGCCAGUGAUGAUGUGGAGGGUCAAGAGGGAGCAACAAUCGACUAUGAUGAGGGAGUUUCUAUUACGCCUUUCAACCUGGAAGAGGAGAUGCAGGAAGGCCACUUUGACUCGGAGGGAAACUAUUUCAUCAAAAAGGAGCAACAGAUUAGAGACAACUGGCUUGACAACAUUGACUGGGUGAGAAUAAAAGAGCAGCCUUUUAAACAAAAGAAGAAAGGUCUUGGAGCCAAACGGACACGCAGAGCCGGUGAUGAGGACGAGGCUGAGGAAGAAAAGCAGAGAGAAGAAAAGCAAGCAGACAAAGAAGAAGAAGAAGAGGAGGAGGAGGAAGCAGAGCCUGCCGAAGAUCCCCUGGCAUCCUACACGCAGCACCAGCUCACCGAAGCUGUAGUUGAACUGCUACAACCCGGUGAAACAGUUGCUAAAGCGCUACGUAGGUUAGGAGGCCUCGGAGGGAGAAAGAAGGGAAAGCUGAGAGAAGAGAGUGAAUCCACAGAGGAGGCUAAAAGGGAUACAGAAAAGCUCGAUAGGCUCACGGCACUAGCUGACAGACUGGUUGGAUCUGGGAUGUUUGAAAUCUAUCAGCAAACGUAUGAAAAACUGGCCUAUUUGAUGAAGAGCAUGAUGAGCAAGCAGCCAGCGGUGGGGAAGAAAGACAGGGGUGAUGGUGACGGCAAAGAAGAGGAUGAACUCGACAUGUUUGCUGACGAAUUUGAUGAGAAGCACAGCAGCAAAUCAGGGGACAGCAAAGAGGAAGAUGACAAAAGAGUGAGUGACGAAGUGAUGUGGGAGUACAAAUGGGAAAACGAGGAUAAUUCAGAAGUCUACGGUCCCUUCACCAGCCAACAGAUGCAGGACUGGGUGGAUGAAGGCUAUUUCAGCAGUGGUGUUUACUGCAGAAGGGUGGACCAGGAGGGAUCUCAGUUCUACAACUCCAGGAGACUAGACUUUGAGCUCUACACAUGAUUUAAGUAACCGAUCACAACCAUUGCGAUCGCUGUGAGCAAUCAUGUUCCAUCUGCGAUCUUUCUUCAGUUGUGUCAUCCAGGGUUUUAUUGUCAAAUCUGUCCAUUUAACACUGGAUUUGUUUUCUGUACAUUGUUUUUAAAUAAAGAAUUCAUGUGUU